AUGGACAACUGCAAGCCGAUUAUCACUCCAGUCGACACUAAGUCGAAACUUAGUGCUCAUGAUGGUGAGCCAAUGAAGGAUCCCUCUCUUUACAGGAGUCUUGCAGGUGCUCUUCAGUACCUUACUUUUACCAGACCUGAUAUUGCUUAUGCUGUCCAGCAGAUCUGUCUGUUUAUGCAUGCUCCCAGGGAACCUCAUUUUAACGCUCUUAAGCGUAUUAUCAGAUAUAUUAAAGGCACUUAUGAUCAUGGCCUACAUUUGUACCGUUCUGCACCUACGAGACUUACUUCAUACACUGAUGCCGAUUGGGCAGGCUGCCCGGACACUCGACGGUCCACUUCAGGUUAUUGUGUUUAUUUAGGUGAUAAUCUAGUCUCUUGGUCCGCAAAACGGCAAGAUACAUUGUCCAAAUCAAGUGCCGAAGCAGAAUAUAGAGGUGUCGCUAAUGUUGUUCUGAAUUAUGUUGGCUCUAGAAUCUACUUCUUGAGUUACAUUGCCCUAUCGACGGCAUCCUUGGUCUAUUGUGAUAAUAUCUCCGCCGUUUACUUGUCUUCUAAUCCGGUACAACAUCAACUACCAAACACAUUGAGAUGA